ACAUAAUUCGAGACUGGCGUGUGAAAAGACUCAUCGAUGAUUACCUGAGUAGAGUUAUGACCAUAUCAAACAAUGUGACUCGUCCUCGAAUUCAUGCAACGCAGACACACAAUGGGGGAAACCCCAUACACAAUGACGAUCAGCAGAGGAUUAUAUUCAUGAACUUCUUCUUCAUUGAAUAUGAAGCUCACCACAGAUAACCACAACAACACAGUCUAAGAUAUCAAACCACCGAAACCAAAUCUCACAAGAUCUCCCCUUCAACCCGUCGCCCACAAUGGUCUUCGGCCCGCUUCUCUCAGAAGCCAUAAAAUCAAAACUAACCUACCAAAUCUUCCACACGGAACAAAACGACUCGGCAGACCUCGAACUCAUCGUGCUAGCCUCAAACAACACCUUCUACCACACCACAAUCCCAUUCCCCAAACCCCCCUCCCCACCCCCAAAAUUCCCCACAAACGACUCCAUCAAAUCCCUCCCCCUCUCGCGCCUCAGCACCCGCGAGCUCACAAAACUCUUCCCACGCUACCACCCUACCCUCAUGACCCGCGCCCCAGAGCCACAUCUCCUGCAAGACCCAUUCAUCAAGCGCCAACGCCUGAUCCCAGAUCUGCACAUGCACGAAGGUCUGGACCCGGACUUCCCCAUCGCGCGGGACCUCUUAUCGAGCGAGAUCGGCAUCCUCGAGACUCUGCGCGCGCACCCGCAUCCCAACAUCGCUGAAUACCACGGCGUGCUCUUACACCCGUUCCUCGGCGGGUCCCACGUCACCGACAUCCUCUACACGCGGUACGCCACGGACCUCGACGACUUCUACGCCAACCCCGCUGCCCGCAGCCCCGCGAACUCUGCGUUGAUCCUGAACGGCGUCAAGGCUGCGAUCGCGCAUCUCCAUUCGCUGGGGAUCGCGCAUCAUGAUGUUAGGCCUGCUAAUAUCUUUUUGGAUGUGGAGGGGUUUGAGGAUGGGGGGAUGCAGGUUACGAAGGUUGUGUUGGGGGAUUUCGAUGCUGCGGUUGAGUUUGGGAAGGGUGGGUGGAGCGUUAAACAUGCGCCAACGGGGGUUUGGUGGGAUGAGGAGUUGUGGAGGUUUGGGAUGGUUGUUGAUGGGGAGAUGGAUUUGAGGGGGUUGAGGGUGCUGGAGAGGUGGCUUGAUGAUACGGGGAUUGAGGGGGUUGUGGAUGCUUAUGCGUAG